GUCGCAUCGAGUUGCACCCGCACUGCCUGCACGUCUACGUACGUAGCACGUACACGCCAUGGCAGCCAUGCAGAGAUUCGUGCUCCUUCUGUCCGUGGCGAUCGCGGCGUCGGCGCAGGGCCCCGCGGUGGCGCCCGCGGCGCCCACGACGCCCACGACCCCGGCGGCGCCCGCUCCGGCGGCCGGCACGACGAACAUCACGGGGGUGCUGGCCAAGGCCGGGCAGUUCAACACGUUCAUCCGGCUGCUCAAGUCGACGGGCGUGGCGGCGCAGAUCGACAACCAGCUCAACAACAGCUUCGGGAGCGGCAUGACGGUGUUCGCGCCCACGGACAACGCCUUCACCUCGCUCGCCUCCGGCACGCUCAACUCGCUGUCGGACAGCCAGAAGAACGCGCUGAUCCAGUACCACGUCCUCUCCACCGCCAUCCCCAUGUCGCAGUUCGACACCGUGAGCAACCCGCUCCGGACGCAGGCCGGCAGCAGCUCGCCGGGCCAGUACCCGCUCAACGUCACCGCCGAGGGCCAGCAGGUCAACAUCACCACCGGGGUCGUCAACGCUACCGUCGACAACACGCUCUACACCGGCGACCAGCUGGUGGUGUACCAGGUGAACAAGGUGCUGCUGCCGAUGGCCAUCGCCGGGACGGCCGCGCCCGCGCCGGCGCCGCUCGCGCCCACGAAGACCAAGGGGAAGACGCCUACGUCGACGGUCGCGGACGCGCCCGAGGCCGACGCGUCGACGGACACGUCGCUCGCGGCGCCGGCGCGGGUGGUCACAGGGGCUGGUGUCGCGGUGGUUCACGUGCUUGCACUGGCGUGCGUCUGGUGGGGGCUGUGACAGCGCCCGAUCCUAUGAGCCCUGAGGGCUAGAUCCACGCACGUCGAUCUUUUUUGCUCACUUUUCAAAGGUUGUUGGUCUUUUUGGUUUGAUUUGUUCUUAUUUCUGCUCAUUAUACCUCUGUAAUUGCUAGGGACAUGUAAACUGAAAUGUAUUGCGGGGGUCACAUUUUUAUGUAAUGCUACUAAAUAAAUGUACGCAAUUUUUCUGUGUU